AUGUCUUGCGAUGAUGAAUCCGGAAAUUCUUUUCCAUUUAUCGACGACGACGACGACGGCGGCGGCGUCGAUGACGUCAACGAUGACGUCGACACCGUCGACGAUUUCCAUUACAAGUUAAACAUAAUCGAAAAAUACAAGAAUAAAAAUCGUAAUAUCGAAAUUAAAAAUCAAUCAUUCUCGAAUGAAUUCAUAAAUAAUCCUCCUCCUACUAUCGCACCAUUGGCUUACGAAAAUGAUUUAUCAGACGACAAAACCGAUGAUAAUAAUAAUAAUAAUAAUAAAUCCUCGGUUGGAAAUUCUCGGGAUUCGACGAUAUUAAAAUUAGUCGUUAGAGGAUGGAAUUCGACGAUAAGCAUUCAAGGUUUGGAUAAAAAAUCAAACAUAUCCUUUAAUAGAAAAAUCGUACAAGGUAAAAAAAAACAAACGACGACAAAACCGACGGUGACGACAACAGGGAAAAACGUCGAAAACGUACAAACGAAUAAUUCGAUAAAAGAAUCGACGAAGAAAAAAAAAUGGAAAAUGUUAACGAAAUCAAUAAUAUCGAAAUCGAAAAAAUUCGAUAAAAAAUCAGACGAAAGAUAUCCGAAAUACGUUUUAUUAAAAAACGAAGAAGAGGAAGAAGCAGGAGGAGAAGGAGGAGGAGGAGAAGGAGGAGGAGGAAGAGGAGAAAUCGACGAGAAAAAAAAAAUCGUGGCAGGAUCAUUAUCGAACCCGAAUGAAAAAACGACGAAGAGUAAAAAAAUAAUAGAAAUAAAAAAAAAUAAAAUGAUACCAACGAAAACGACAAUCCCUAAUAAAACCCCAUCAAUUAAUGUUAAUUCAAAUGAUGUUGAGGAAAUAUGGAAAACCGGAAGUGAAUCUCAAUUGAUAUUUAACGUAACGAGACGUUCGUCGUCUCAGGGUCGAGUUUUUAACGAAAUCGAAAACGUAUUAAAAGAAGCAUUGAAAUUAUGUCCGGAAGUUAAAGCCACGUUCGAUGUAUUUAAAAACGAUGGAAAAAAUAAAAUCGAAAAAAAAAAAUCGGUUCCCUUCUGUAAUACGUCAUCGUUAAAUCCUCCCGGUAAAAAUAAUAAUCGAUAUACCGGAAAUAAAACGAAUACCGAAACGGAUACACGUCAUAAUAAUACUCAAAAUGAUGAUGACGUCAAAAAAAACGGUGAAAAAAAUCAAAAUAAUCAUUAUGAUAAAGUAAAUGAUGAUGUUGAAUUUUCCGAAAGGAAAAAUACAAACGAAUUAUUACCGGAAACGUAUCAACCGGAAAAAGAUUUUGAUAAUUUACAAUUUGGAAUAUUAUCAAGUUUUUUUUCAUCUCCUAUACUCAUUAUGAAAACUUGCAAAGAUGAAAUUUUUAAUAAUAAUAAUAAUAAUAACGAUGAAUUUGAAGAAGCGAACGCUCUACGAGAAACUUCGACGAAUGAUGACGUCGAGACAUUACCAUCGACUUCGAAUAUUUUAUUAAAAUCGAAAAUUUAUACAAAUGAUGAUGAUGAUGAUACUAAAAAAAACGUGUCAUUAGACGAUUGUCCUAACCGUUUACCCGUAUCAGAUGAAAACGACGUGACGAAAUCAGAAGAGGAAACGGAAACAACGACGAAAUAUUACUGCAUACAUACAGAAACGGAAGCUGGAAAAAAUCGUGAUGAUGACGUCACAUCGACAACAACAACAACUACUACCACGACGGAAUUCACAUUAAAAACCGAUCAAACGGAUGAUAAUUUAUUACUAACUAAAACCGGUUAUAAAGUUUCCGAUCAAUUAUCGAAAUUAUCGUUAAAUUUUUGUCAAAAUAAUAAAAAAAAAAUUAUCGUCGAUGAAAAACCGGAAAUGGAUAAUAUCGAAAAAUUAAAUGAUAAUGAUAAUAAUGAUAAUGAUAAUAAUGAUAAUGAUAAUAAUAACGUGGUUAUAACAUUUAAAAUGUGCGAUUCUGGAAACAUCAAAUUGUCAAUAAUCGAUAAUAAAAAUAAUAAUAAUAAUAAUAAUAAUAUAGUUUUAUCAAUCGGAAAUGAUAAUAAUGAUAAUGAUGAUGAUGAUAAUAAUGAUGAGAAAAAAAUUCAAAUAUCGAAAAAUGAAGAAGAAAAAGUUCUUACGAAAGAAGCCAACGUUGGAACGGAUGAAAAUUUUUUUUUGGCUGGAGGAAAUUUUCCACAUUCGAAAGUUGAAGAAUGUACGAAAAAUCUUUCUCCUCGUAAGAGUCAUUUAUUAAAAAAUUUAAAAGAAAAACUUAAAUCCGAUAAUAAUAAUUAUCAUUAUCAUCACUAUCAUCAUGUUUUUCCGGAUGAUGAUAAAAUAAUACGGGAAUUUAUGGAAAAUGAAAAAAUUCAUUUCGGUGGAAUUUUUUUACUUCAAAAAUUCGAUCACAAAUCCGUCGAUGACGAAAAAUUUAAUAAAAAAAAAUCAUCGUGUCAGACACUUUCAACGCUCACAACACGUAAAAACGCGGGAAAUAUAAGAAAAAAUGAUGACGUCAUUGAAAAAUUAAGAGAAUAUUAUUGCCAAGAUUGCAUGGCGACGAUGAGAAUUUUCGAAGAUGAAAAUCCAUCCGUUAAAACCAUGAUCGAUAAAUUCGAAACAAUCAUUCAACUUAAAAAUUAA